CAAAACAGCUGAUCUUCUUUUGUUGACAAAAAUUGUUUUGAUUAGAAUUCUUAAAAAUGUUAACAUCCAUGGUUAAAGAACACCACAAGGAGCAGGUGAAACGGAAGCAAGAGCAGGAGGUACGAAGAAAGGAGGCUAUUGAAGCCUCUAAUGAGCUCACCCAGUCCCUGGUAGACACCCUAAAUGUGGGCGUGGCGCAGGCCUACUUAAACCAGAAGCGCCUAGAUGCGGAGGCCAAGCAGCUCCACAUGGGAGCCACGAAUUUCGCCAAGCAGACGCAUCAGUGGCUGCAGCUCAUCGACAACUUCAGCAGCGCGCUGAAGGAGCUGGGCGAUGUGGAGAACUGGGCCCGCAGCAUUGAGGGAGAUAUGCAUGUAAUAAAUCAGAGUCUGGAGCUGGCCUACAAGGCCUCUCGGGCGGCCCAGGCUUCGGGAGGGGCAGCAACUGGUGCCGAGGCCUCGAUUUCUGCGACGAAAUAAAAAUCAUAUGCCAUAUAAGGUUUUGUUCAAUGUUGCUGAGGGAAUCAAUAUUCAAAACUAAUUGCAAUUAAUUUUAUUUUAAGUUACCAAUAAUCUUUCAAGCUAAAAUGAUUGAAUUUUUUUUUCUUUAUCAUGGAUUCACUGUCCCUUGACCAAAUGUAUUAUAGGAAGCGUAAUAAAUGCGUCUCUACAUAACCAACAAGUUAUCUUGGUUGUCAUCAAUAAAAAUAUGA